ACCACGUUAACCCAUACCUUCAGCGCUCCAACUUUCUCAACGCUGUUCACCGCGACGAGCAACCAUGGCGAGAGCGCAGGAUAGUUUCACUUUUACGGUCGGAAAGCUCGAUGCGGGCAUGGCUAUCCUUUUGGGCGACCGAGCUCACCUAAUAGAGUUUCCAUCGGUACUACUUCCUCCUGGAGCAACAACUGGGUCUAUAGUCAACAUCUCGGUCCACCGGAACGUGGCUCAGGAGCGAAAGCGAGACCAUGAGUUCUGGUCGCUUCAAGAAGAUAUCUUAGAGACGUUUGGAAGUCAGUCGCCUGAGAAUCCGCAGCUCGAGGUCCGUAAUGUCACCCAAACCUCUGUCACGCUCGAAUGGCCCCCCAUUAAGCUCGCUUCCGCGAAGCUACGUUCCCUCGAUAUAUACAAGAACAGCCAACGACUUGCCUCGAUUCCUAAUGCAGUCACCAACUUCUCCACAAAACUUUCUGGACUCUCGGUAGACACCCAAUACACUUUCCAGCUCCUCCUCCGUACUUCCGCAGGAACCUAUCCCUCGAACCUCAUCCGCGUGCGCACGCACACGAUCGCAGAUACAAGUGGAAUCUCAGUUUGCUUCGCAAAUGUCACGGACAGCGUGUUGCUGGAAAACGCAAAGCUUGCUUUGAAAGAGAUGCGCGCAAAGUGGAGCGACAAAAUUCAAAUCGACACGACACAUUUCGUGUGCACUACUCCUGCAGUCACGCCUGCAGGUGCGCAACCAGCCGGUGGUGUUGCAGCAGCUCCAGGUGCAGAAUAUCAACGUGCCUUGCAGUUGAGCAUCCCUGUGGUUCAACCGCAGUGGAUUUUAGCGUGCCACAGCGAAAAAAAAAUGGUGCCGAUCUCGGGCUACUAUCUCGGCGUCACACCGCCCAAUUCUGGCUACUCCCAGCGUCCCCAAUCGAUGUCACAAGCCUCUCUCCCCAGCUCCAGCGCAGCUCACAAAAACUCUGCAUCGCGUCAAAGUCUCCCAUCAAUACGCCGUCCUACACCACCGUCGGCAACCGCGCAAGGGCCGAUCAAUGAGGAAGAGGACGAAGAGGAACAACCGCCCCCACCGAAACCGUCGUCCUCUGAAAUGAAGCACAAGAGCAACGGUACGAUGGAUAGGAAUUUCAAAUUUCCAACGUCACCAACUCAAGCUCAAGUAGUUCCGCCCGUACCCUCUCUUCCUACGCAAGCACGUGCUCCGAAGCCCGAGCAUGAAGCAGGUUCGAACCGUACGAAUGAAGAUGACAUGACGCCCGUGGCGGUAGUCGUGCCAUCUAGUGUAGAAGUUCCUCCCCCUCCUCCGGUGGAGAAAGAGAUCCGGAAGAGUUUCGUAGAAUCUGAGGAUGGUGAGGAGGAAGUUGGCGAGACGGUGGAAAUUGAUUUGCGGUGAGAAUGACAGACUGUUCGUCGUUUACUUAAUUUGUUGUGUAGCCUUUGGUGUUUGGAACUUGUAUUUUCGCUGCGCUGUGUGCUGAAAUGUUCGACGUUUCAGCAUAUAAAUACCAUUGAUAUUUCGUUCUGCA